AUGCCGAAGAAUAAGAAGCGGAACACUCCCCACCGCGGUGGCAGUGGUAGUGGCGGCGGAGGCGGUGGCGCAGGAGCAGCUGCAGCGACGGCGGCAGGGGAACGUGUCUUACACAUUGAAACUAUAGAAUCUCAUCAUUUAAAGUUGUGGCUGUUGAAUAGACAGACAACUACUAUGAUAAGAGUCUUUUGUGCAGUAAGUGCAAAGACAAGGCAGGCAGCUCUUGAAGGUAUUAAAAAUGCAGUGUCUUCAAAAAUGCUUUAUGAAUUUAUUCUGGAAAGAAGAAUGACUUUAACUGAUAGCAUUGAGCGCUGCCUGAAAAAAGGUAAGAGUGAUGAGCAGCGGGCAGCUGCAGCGUUAGCGUGUGUCCUUUGUAUUCAGUUGGGCCCCGGAAUUGAAAGUGAAGAGAUUUUGAAAACUCUGGGACCAAUCCUAAAGAAAAUAAUUUGUGAUGGAACAGCUAGUAUCCAGGCUAGGCAAACUUGUGCAACUUGCUUUGGUCUUUGCUGUUUUAUUGCCACAGAUGACAUUACUGAGCUGUAUUCAACUCUAGAAUGCUUGGAAAACAUCUUCACCAAGUCCUAUCUCAAAGAGAAAGACACUAAUGGUAUUUGCAGCACCCCUAAUACAGUGCUUCAUAUCAGCUCGCUCCUUGCCUGGACCUUACUACUGACCAUAUGCCCCAUCAAUGAAGUGAAGAAAAAGCUUGAGAUGCAUCUCCAUAAGCUUCCAAGCCUGCUCUCUUGUGAUGAUGUAAACAUGAGAAUUGCUGCUGGUGAAUCUUUGGCCCUUCUGUUUGAAUUGGCCAGGGGAAUGGAUAGCGACUUCUUUUAUGAAGACAUGGAGUCUUUGACUCAGAUGCUGAGGGCAUUGGCUACAGAUGGAAACAAGCACCGGGCCAAAGUGGACAAAAGAAAGCAGCGAUCAGUGUUCAGAGAUGUUCUCAGGGCAGUGGAGGAACGGGAUUUUCCAACAGAAACUGUUAAAUUUGGUCCUGAACGCAUGUAUAUUGAUUGUUGGGUCAAAAAACACACCUAU